AUGUCGGGGAUCAUAGGCGCCGAAAUGGCGUCCUCUGCCACGGAGACACUCAUCGGAUUCGAAAAGCAGUACUCCCUUCAAACCGCUGAAGUUUAUCAACAGAAAGGAACAGCUUGAAAAUAAAAUGGAACUCAGAUCACGAGCAAAAUUGGGCAACUGCACACGCUUCUGCCUUCAGAAGGCGCGGCGGCGGUCCAGGAGAUCCGAAGAAGCCUUGGUGACGUCAACGAUCUCCUUGAGCAGAUGGAAAUCGUCGUCCGGGAGCUCCCAUCUGGAUCGUGAGUCGAAGACGAGAAAUUUAUGAAAUUUGAGAAAUUUUUGCAUUUCGCACUGUAUAUUUUCUUUGGCGUAAGUUUCAAAACGUUUUCUCUUUAGUUCAGGACUUCUUGUGUGGUAAGGGUUUGAAUUUUAUAAAGUUGAACUAUUGAUAUUGCGUUGUUCAUCUCGAAAAAUUGGUUUGAAUUAAGAAAAACUUUUUUUUUCUUGAUCGUUGAGUGUAUUUUUUAAUUUCAGAUCUCAAAUUCUGAGAGAAGAAAUUCUUUUCUCUUUUCAGUGUACUGACAAAAUAAAUUUUUAAAGCAUGGGAAAGUCGUAGUUCGAAAUACGCGUGAGGAAUGCACCUCAAUAGAUUCCAAUUUUGUUAAAGCGAAAAAAAAUAGACGAUCUUUUUUAUUUGAGAUUACAAAACUGUUCUUUGGAUCUUAGCGGCUUCCCUAUUAUCAACAAUUUAGUUUCAAAAAAAAAAAAUAUUUUUUAAAUUUUAUCUACGGAGUAAUCCGUUCAAAUACCUUGAGUGAAGUCAAGUAAAAAUUAUACUACUCGUUUUUUUUAGUUCAAUUUUUUGUCUUGAUUCCCGGUAAUUUUGCGUACGGAAUAUACCUAAAAAAAAACUGUUAUAAUUUUGUAGAACGGAAAGAUCAAAGUACGAACUUCGUGUUCGGAGUUAUCUGAACGACAAGAAGCAGCUGGACGGCGAGCUGGAGAAGGCCAUCAAGCGGGUCCGCGAGGAGGCCGACCGCGACGAACUUCUCGCCUUCGAUGACGCCAUCGACGCCCACAGACAGGUGACGUCAUCUCCCGGUUACGGUCCUCAAUCGAGCAACUUUUGCAGGAGGACCAGCUCAUCGAAAAUACUCAGAGAAUGGAGCGGACCUCGAGGAAAAUCCAGGAUUCUUAUCGAAUCGCUGUGGAAACGGAGCAGGUUUCACAUUUUUGACAUUCUUGUGGGCGGAAAGUGCUCAUUUCCGGUACUUAAAAAAGUUGGAUGACGAGAAGAUUGAUUUUGGUGGGAUGGCGCCAUUUUUCACAGCUUUUAACGGCUAUGCUUACUGUAGUUUUUACACAGUUGGCAAGGUUGAAAUUAAAAAAAAAUGGCUUGACAUUGUCAGCGAGAUAGUGGGAAUAUGAAGAGAUUUUUAUAGUUUUUCUACUGUUUUUUUCGAUAGUUGAUCUGUGAAUAUUAAUUUAAAAUACAAAAUCAAUUUUUUUAAUCGAGAAAAGUUUUUCUUUUUUAUUCCUCCUAUAGCUGAAAAUCUCAACUUUUUUUGGAGCUGGAAAUAUAGUCUUGGGAUCUCUGAGCCAUUUAGGUACCAUUAACCUUUUUGAAUAGUCUAUUCAAAUUUUUAAAAAUUUUGAAUGGUAAAAAGUAGAAAUUUUUCAUGCUUAUUUCUAUGACGUUUAAAAGGCUAAAACUUUUUUUGAAGCUGAUUUUACGAGGUAGAGAUACAUUGGGUCAUUUUAAUCAUAUCGUCAGAUUUUUAUUCUUAUUCGCGCAAAAGUCUUCAGAGUAUCGAUUUGAUGCUCCGACCUGCAUAAGAUUCCUGUUUUUAAGAAAAGAUGAUUCAAUUUUAAGAAACGACUUUUCGGAGACUCGAAUUUUGUAAUUGAUUAUUAAAUGGAUAAACAGGGCUUUAAUCGAAAAGCAGAAAAAAAACGUUGUUCAGUGACUCGCCAAAGUUGCUUUGAAACAGAAUAUUUUCUUGUUGAGGUGUAAAUUUGUUGCUUUUUGGAAAAAUUUUGAUUUUUUGAAAAUGAACACGCCAUGAAGAUCUCAAUGAGAAAAGCUUUUUUCAGUCGAAUAUACGUAUAUAAAUAAUAACAUAGAACGCAAGAACUUGGAUGAAUGGUAUAUAAAACCUGAUUCUCCACCACCCCAAUGAGUUUUGAUAACGGGGCUACUUAUACAUGAAAUUAGAUCCCUGAAGAAGUCUGGAACUGAUCUAAAAGCUCCUUCGUUUCUCAGAUUGGCGCAGAAGUGCUGUCGAACCUGAACAGUCAAAGGGAGACGUUAGGUCGGGCUCGCGACAGAAUGCGAGCCUCGAACGCGGAUCUCGGUCGUGCCAGUCGCACUUUGAACACCAUGAUCCGCAGGUUUUGUGCUUCAUCUAACGCUCAAAAACUCUUUUCCUUUCAGAGCCAUCCAAAAUCGCCUUCUUCUUCUCAUCGUCGCAGUACUCUUACUGUUCUCCCUCGUUUAUAUCAUCUACAGAGCCUUGUGAAUCUUACAAAUUAUAUACUUGAUGUAAAUAUUUAACUAUCAUUGUCUAACGUGUUUGCCCCCAUUUCAGAUAUUGCCAAGAUAUAUUUAUUUUUCAAAUUUCUAUUUAUUUAUUCAUCUGAAAGCUUUAUCAUAUAUACAUUUAUUUGUAAGUAUUGGGGUUUAGAGGGUUGUCUAUGUGAAGCAUUUGUUUUAGAUGAAAGCUGAAAAGUGUAUUGUUUUCACUAAAUUUCUACUAACUCUCUGCAAGGUCUGAAUUUAGAGCUUUUUCUCAAAAUUUCUCUUAUUUCAAUGUAAAUUAAAUUGACUCGCUUGAAUAAAUUUUUUUUUCUGAAGUCAUGUUUUAUGAUUGAAAAGUUGUAAUCGUUUGAAGCCACGAUCUUUCAGUUUCCGGCUCGGAUUGCAGGCUUUAUUCAGUUACUUUUUGUAGAAAAAUAUUCUUCACAUAGUUUUACUGAUGAAACUGAAGGAAUUUCCUUUUUAGUUCUUUUUGCUAGAACUUUCAUAAGUUGAAAAAAAUAUGCUCUUUUUUUAUGGUUCUUUGAAAAAAAUCGGAGAAUAAACUUCAUUAAUUUAUAAAUUAAUAGUUUCAAGUUUGUACUCGGAUCUCUUUCCCAUUUUAACAAGUUCAAAAUAUACUUUUUAAAAAAAUCCUUCUGUGAAAAAAACUAGCCAAUUUUAGCGAGAAGUUUACCGAAAUCUAGCUUUUUAAACAAAUUUCUCAAUCUUACCUAUAAUUUUUGAAAAAUAAUUUGAAGACAAGAAAAAUCGUAGCAUUUUCAAAUAAACUAUCCAUCGUACUUUGACCUCCAAUAAAUAAAAACCCGUAGACGUGGAUCAAACAGUUAAUCGUUUGAAACUAUGAACAGGUAAAGUGGUCGAUAAAAGGCACUUAAAGCUAUUUCUGACGUAGAAAAGUACGCUAAAAUGUUUUUUUUUUAUCUAAAUUGACAUUUAAAGGUCCUGAGUCACUUUUGAAAGCUUACUUAGAAGAUGUGGCGAGCCUCGAUAAGUGCGACACGAGCGGAAGGGGCAGGAAAAUGGGGGCGGAGCCAGGACUCCGCCCACUUUCCGACGUCGGCCUCUUCGGCUACUUGGACGGUCCUCCCGUCUUAUUCGAGGUUCAUUCCGGCUUAUUUUUUGGGAAUUCAGUUUUUUUAAUUCUUCUAUUUGUUUCGUUAAUUAUUUAUUUUUUAAUCUUUAUGAGAAAUUUUAAAAACUCGAUUUUUUCUGAAUUUUUCUCAUUUUAUUUCAAAAAAUGCUCUUUUUUUCUGUAUUUGAGGUUUUUUUUUCUAUUAUUUUCCUGAAACUCGGUUUUUUCCGAACUUUUCCGAUGUAAACUGAGCAACUGCUGGUCGAAUUCCCGAGGUGCGAAGAUAAAUGGUUGAAUUUUUUUCAGCAAUUUUUUUCAAAGUUUAAAAAAACAGAAGCUCUUGAAUACGGAGAUUUUACGAUUUCUGCUUUUUUUAUAUUUCUCUUUUCUCUCGAAUCAUUAUUUCGUGAUAGUUUAUUUCUUUGACUUUUUGCAUUUCGGUUAUUAGCAUCAUUUUUAGAAAACAUUCGGAAAAAAAUAAAUUUCAUAAUUUAGUAGUUCCUUCAAAGCGGUCGAAAAAUUGAAAAAAACAAAAAAAUCAGGUCAAAGUUUUUCAGGCUCAUAGUUGAAAAUAUCAUAUUUUUCGAAUUCAAAAAGCUGUUAGGGUUUUUUUCAAAAAUCUUCAUUCUCUAGUCACAAAAAAAUUCAAAGUUACUAAGGUUUUUACAAAAUCCAAAGUGUAGACAAUUUUUAAUCUUCUAUUUAAUGAUGAGUCCAAUUAGCGGUGAAUCAAUUGAAAAAUGAGUUUUAACUGAAACUUGACUUGUCUUGAAUUAAGAAAUCGCCUUUAUUCCACGGUUUACUCCUCAUACACGCUUUCAAACGUUGUAACUCCAGAGGAUAUUUUUAAAAAAGUGCGAUUUUUCAGGGUCCCCAAAAGAGAUGAUUAAUAUAAUGCGGACGUUGUGCUGCUUCUUGCUGGCCUUCGUCGAAUUCGGCGACCUUCUGGAGCACUCGAUUUCCUGGAACUCGACGAACGUGUUGUGAGUCCUCCUCCUUAUCUCGGCCUCCAAUCUUAUCGCCUCGCAUCUUUGUCCUCACCAUUCUUGCUCAUGCUCAUUUGUGGGAAUUAACAUGUUGAACGUGCUCUUUUGAUGGAUUGUCACGUCUUUUCAUCAUUUGAUUCGCUUGAUUGACAAAUUGAUUAGAUCAGAAUGCAGAGUUGACAACUAUGGAUAUGAUAGAGAUGUCAUUUUGAUGGGUAAAGAAAUAAUCGAAUUUAUUAAGCUCAAGAGUUGGUUGAGGAGGAUUUCGCUUCUUUAUGGGGUUGAAAUUAAACCGAACAUUUGAUUUUUUUCAAGAUUUUUAUUCUUUUCAAAAAAACUUUCCUUAUUUAUUAAUUAUUUCUCAAAGUUUGAAAUCAGGACAAAACUUAAACGAGAAGUAGUUUUUUUGACUCAAAAAAACCUUUUUUUCUCCUUUUUUUCUGGGACCUAGGCCUUAAGACUUUUUUUGCUUCUUUUUAUUGAUUUUAUUCAAACAAAAAAAGGGAAGGGCUUUCAUAAUUUUUUUGAAAAAAAUUCGUUUUGUUUUUCGGUCACAGAGUAUUUUUCUCAACUUUCUUUUUCCAUACGAUAUCAUUUGGAAAUCAUUUUAUUUUUUUCUUCAGACGUUUUGCGUUGAUUUUUCAAAUAAUUAGAAUAUUUUUUUAUAAAUAGUGGUAAAAUCUAGGCUAGAGAGGUUGGAAUGAACAAAAAUGCGAUUUGACUCAAAACUUCUCAUUCAAACGUUUUCCAACACCUUUUCUUGAUUAUUUUGCUCAAUAACCCCGAAAAGUUGUCGACUACACACAUUGCAUUUAUUUCCCGUCCUCUCAGAAAUUACUUUUGGCGACACAACUUUUUUUUUCUCAAGCUUCAAUCCAAUCCACUUUCCCAGGGAACCUUUAUCCGAAACUACAUUUCGGCUCCGUUUAUUCCUUUCCUUGCCUUUCUUCUCGGCGUCUGCCAGCCACAAUAGUUCUGACAUCUGACAGUUGGCGCGCCCACUACCGUAUUUGCAUAAGAAUGCCCAGGUGAAGGUUGGAGAUAUUCCCAAAGAAUCCGCCCUUCUGAGGAUCUGGAAUAUCUUUCAGGGCCUGUCAUCAAGUUGGAGGGAAAGGAACGGGUCCUGCAGAUUUUUCUAAAAGCGAACACAUGAAAGAAAAAAAUCGUACUCAAGUCAAGGAUGUCUAAUAAGGAGAGCCAUUAUAAUUUGUGGCUCAGAAAUAUCUGAAAUCUGUUCUGAAAACUCUUUGAUGUACCGGAUGAAGAUUCUGAAAGUCUCAAUCUGCUCAAUUUUGUAGUUUACGAAAAAGGAACACAUAAAAGUCAAAAAAAACCCUCAAGUUUCUUUAAAAAAACAAUUUUAAUUUUUGAACCCUUAUUUCUCAUAAACUGGAAUGCUGGGCAGGUUGAGAUGUUUAGAAUCUUUUUUUUGGUACAUGAAGGGGCCUAUUUUCAGGAAUUCCCGGAGUUAAAUGACUCUUUUGUUAUUUAGAAAAAGACCGUAGGAAUGUCUAGACCUCUCAUUUUCGCACAGUGUUUCCCGAAUAUUGUGAACACCCUCAAAAUAUUUUUUUAAAUAGGGAUAAAAAACCGAUAUUUUUCCAACAAAUGCGGGGAAAAUCUCGAAAAUAUUUUAGACAUGAGAUAAAAAAGUUUUAAAAUUCGAAGAUUUUUUUGUGAACUAUAACUUGGAACUUUUCUUUAUCAAGCUGGUAGCGAGUUUACUUUAAGCUUUACUAUCCUUGUGUUCGCAUUUUUCUUCCAAUUUUCAUGGUCAGAAGGUUUUCAGAACGCUUGGAUUUUCUCGAGAAGGUGCAUUCAUUCCUAUUGGGCAACGUACCGGAAAAACCUCUGCCAUACUCUUUUUCAAAUAGUUUUAUUUUUCUCAUUUAUUUAUAUAUCCCUUGAAAUUGACAUAGAAAUUUCAUACUGAAGCUAGAGAAAGCUUUGAACUUCGAGUUUUAAAAAAAGUAUAGAAGCUGGUUUGAAGUUUGAAUUUAGAAAAUUGGAACGGACUUAGUGAUUUUAAAGAAUUACUCACGUAGCUUUGAGUGAUGAUUGAAACUCAGGAAUUGCUCGUUUUGAGUCGCGCGAUUCUCCCAGCUGGUCCAACUUUCCAAAAAAGCGGCCUCGAACCAUAUCACAUCGCAUUUUUUAUCUAUAGAGUUGAUUUUGCAAUCAACAGAUCAUUAAAAUUGUAUUGAUUAACAAAAUUUUCUAACUUUGAUCUCCUUUCCACCAAAAAACUAGGACCUCGUCUGAAAUACUACCCCUCCAUCCGUUCUCCUCGAAUGUAAUUUGAAAUUUCGAGGCGAAUCCAUCUGAACGCUCCAUUACAUCUCUCUUAAUUCGACGCAAAGUCGACGCGACAUUUUUGCACUGCAGUAGGAAGAAAAAAUAGGAAAAAACGAAAAACGACGCGGCACAUCAUCAUCAUUUCGUUUUGCGAUCGAAUAAUGGUGCGGUGAGAUGCCAUUAGACUCGCGGCGGAGCAUCUUUUCGAGCACUCGCCAAGAGGAAACGAGCCGCCGCACACGAAAUGAGCCGCGUAAUGGAGCUAUUGCAUUUCAAGAUGUGAAACGCGUCCCGACACUCGUUUACUACUUCGAUCCCCUCAUGAAAACUUGCCAAAACAGGUGGUGACACGGAAAAAGAGACAAAGAUGAGGUGGACGAGUAUGGACGGAGUAUGAUCUGAAUAGCCAGAGCCCACGUUUCUAUCUAAAAAUCUCAUCUUAUCGUAUCGUUCUAUUUGAAUAACCGUACUCGCCCCUAGUUCGGUUCCUUUAUGUAAAGUUAAAGAAAUACGUGAUCAAGCGAUUUUAGGAGAUUAUCAAACAAGGUUCUGAAGACCGUAAAUAAGGCAAAACCUUAAAAAUUUAACUACCAAGCUGUAUAGAAAAAUGGACCUGCCCCCCUGAAAUAAUAAUUUUCAUUUUCUUGGAAUCUUUCAUUCAAUUCUAGCUUGUGGAAGCUUGGAACUUGUAAGCUAAGAGUUGAGGUUUCCUGUUUGAAAAACAUCCGAAUUUUUUUGUUACUUUAAGAUAAAGCGCCUAGAGCAUGUAAAAAGCACGUCUUUCUGACCGCUACACACAAGUGCAAAUACUUUUGUUUUGUUGUUCUUCCUUCAAAAAGAGCGAGUUCCUUGAGGCCUCGAUACGAUUCAAAUACAAUACGGCGCAUGGCGUCCUCGAAAUAACGGACCGCCCGUAAAUCAGCAGCAAGUCGUCGUCGCCGGCGCCGUGCCAGCGCAGUCGCCCCCCAAAAAUGAGUUAUGAGAGCCGAAUUUUCGCCAAUAAUCAACUUGGAACCAACCCAUUAUUAUCCAUAAUAUAUAUACGCACACGUUUGUUCGAUUUAAUCGCCGAAGAUUGAAGUUUUUUUUCUUAUUUUCUGAGGAAGAUUGAGGGAAGAAGUUGACAAAAAAUAGUAGUUCCUUUCAAGUUCUCAAAGUUUUGAAAAGACCUGGCUCCCGAAAUUAUUUUCUAGAAGAAGAUACUAACUAUACUAUUUUGAAGUGAUUGAUUCACAUGGGGAGGACAAAAAUAGUCUAUCCAUGUGAGCUCAUAAAGCUCGAUACAAAUAAUUACUUGACCAGCUACUGUACCUGUCCAAAGAACAUGUUAAGCCAAUUAAGAGCCUUCAUCAACCGCCGCUUUGUUGAGAAAGUCAAAAGGCGUGAACGUGCUAUCGUUCGGGAAACUUUUAAUGGCGCGCAGAUGGGCUUUUUGAGAUGGCGACGCGUGCCGCGACGGAGAUAGGCAUCGCGGUAGGAAAAAAGUUGCAAAAACAGGUGCGAUGUCUGGAAAUGGAUAGGAAUUGGCUAGGGUGAACUGAGAUCCCAGGGACGGGCAGUAAUUGGGUACAGAAUUUCGAUUAAUGAGCUCGAGGUUCAGAAUAAAGAAAUCCGUAAGAAUUAGUUCGGUUUUUCUUGUUUCAAAGCUUUUUGGCCAAAAUGAGCUUUUUCGCUUGAUUCAGCUCAUCUCCUUUGAAUGAAAAAGUUUGAAAAAAAGAUAAUUAUACUCAAAAAUUCGGAAAAAAGAGCUAGGUCAAGCUCCAACUUUUGUUCAGAAUGAAACGCUGCCUUCUGGUACAAUGCAUAGUUUCACUUGACGAGCCUUAGAUUUGAGCUUCCAGAAACUCAUAAAAUAAUUAGCGAAGAGAUCCAAUUCGAUAUAACUACUUCAUAAAUCUGUUUUCUCGUUCUCUUUAUCAGCGCUGACACCAGCUGUUGCUCGAAGAAGCUUGAAGAAAAGCUGCCGGAAUGGCUGUCAUAUGGUAUGAGCCGAUGGGCCGUCAAAUCCAACAAUUAACUCCAAUUUUGAUGCCCCCCUCUCUCCGCUAAUCUCGUCUCCAUACGGUUUGAAAGAACCGUAAUGGUUUUAUUAUUUCCUUUUUGCCGACAGAUUGUUGGAAUUAAGCUGACAGUCUAUAUUUUGAGUGGAUUUUUGGGGCAAUUGAGAAUGGAGUCGCUGUGGAAUGAGAUCAUCAUUAUGACAUCAAGUUUUGUUCAGAGAUGUCGAAAGUUUACAAAUCCAUAAUCAGAGAAUUUUCCCGUGAUUUGUAGACUUCAAGUUCUUUGAAGAAAAAAAAGAAGCUUGUAGCACUUUUUAAAGCCAGAUGUUUAGCCCUUCUUCCAGCUUUUUUUCAGAGUAUUCUCCUGUUUUUCUUGAACAACACUUGAUAUCGGAUAUAAGACGUUGUUGAAGGUGUCUUGCUUGUUUUGGCCCAUGCGAGGCUCUCACCUGCGAAUCUCGCUAAUGAAGUGUGUCCAGGUGAGAACGCGGUUAAUCAAGGCGUUAUCGGCCCGUUAUUUUCGGGUCAACAUCACAAAUUCCCGGAAUUUUCGAUGAUUUUAAGAAAGAGGGACGCAAUAAGACAUUCAGAUUAGUAAAUGGCUUUGACUGAAUUUUGGAUUAGCUGUUUUCUUGAAUGAAUGUUGACGGCGGGAAUUUAGAAAGGUGCCUUUGGGAUGACGAUUUUUUUUCUCGAAAUGAUGCUAAUAAUUUAAUUUUUGAGACUUUUUUUAGUUACUUUUUUUAACAAAGAUUUUCAUCGAGUGAAACUGGAGCUUUCUUAAUUUUCAAAAAUUCUGGAAGCUUCAUUUUGAUUUUCAGAGGAUUUGUUUUAAGUCUGAAUUUUGAGAUAGUGAAAUUUGAACGGUUUCUUUUCGAAUUUCAAAUUUUUGUUCUCUUCGAAAGGGUUUGAUUUUGGUUCAAGUUUUUUGAAGCCAUAUUGAAACUCUAAAAUUUUUAUUUUUUUCUCAGUUUUCUUCACUACAAAAAAUAAUGAAGGACUUCAAACUUCAUUGAACUUUUAACCUAAAAAAAUAGUCGUCAAUCCUUCCCAAGUUAAUAUCCAAAUAACCUCCUCGGAGAUUUCGACAAUAUCAGCGAGAUUGCCUGUUGGGAGCUGGAGCACCUCGUUGGAGGCCGAUAAUUGAGAAGGCGUCGUCCCGCUUUCCGGAUAAUCUGUGGGGCCGGCUUGAUGGCGCUAAUGUACGUGUCGCAUUGCGUGUGUUUGUACGUGUGUGUUGCCUGAGAGAUGUUUAUCGCUUGGGAGACGUUCGUUUCCCAGGGAACAUCCAGGUUGAGCUGAGAGUCGAGGAGCUGCAGGAGCUCCAGAGAAAGAUUGAAGAUUUGAGAUCUUCAAGUUGAGAUUUAGUCACUGAUCUUAACAGCUCACUGAACCGUCUGAACAUUCAAGUCAGAAGCUAGUUAAAAUUUUUCUUUUCAAGGAUGGUCCUCUCAAGUCUUUGCUUAAGAAGAAAUUUCAAAUUUAUGGAAUAGAUUUUAUCCCUAAAGGCUUCUUUUAAGCCUUUAAUAUUCUAUGUUUUUGUUCGCUUCUGGGGUUUUUCUCCGUCUGAAGCUUUACAGCAAGCUUCACAGACUCUUGAUAUGAUCAGUAAGUUCGGAAAAAAAGACUGACCGAGUUCUACAACCAUGGGAGUACAAAAUUUUUGAAAAAUUAUUAAACUCAUUGACUCUUUGAAACUAUUUUUGGGCGAAAAAGUUUUUUUUAAAAUGUAGUUUCGAUAGUUCGUUUAGUUAUAAUACACUCCUAGGACUAACUCUACAACUUUCUAUGAGCUUAAAUGAACUAUAACCAGAAAAAUUGUCUUCAGCCUUUUUUCCGCCGUAUAUUCUCUUGAAGCUACUUCGAAGCUUCUUCUUUACAUCUUUCUCAAGAACUCUUCGAAGCUUAUUUGGACAGUGAAGAGCUUCCCAGUGGGACGUCGGCAUUUGCCCUAGUACAGUUGCCAGGACGGUUCAAGUGUCCAUUGACACGAGCUGAGAACACGUGUCGAUUGUGCCACUUUUGUUUGCCCCGCCGAUUAGCCGUGUUUGUGUGUUUCCGAGUGUUUUGCCGGAACUCCUGGCCGUCGUCCAAGCCAUAUUCCACCUUCGCAUCGUCGUCUCAGAAAGCUUCUUGAUGUUCCUACAAAAUGUGGGAGCUCGAGCUGGUCCAAGUUGAACAAGACAGAGCUUUUUUUAAGUUUCGUUCUCAAUUUCGACAUCUUCUUAAGAUCGAUAUGCUUGGUUGACAUGGGUAGGACUCGAACCAGCAUCUUUUUGACGAAAAAAUGAGUUUUAGUCUCUGAGCGACGUUUCCUUCCUAAUUUUUUGAAAUUUCAAAAUUUUUGCUUACUUUUUCAACCAUAGAGUCAGUUUGAAGAGUUUAAUUUCCAAUUUUCAUGAGUACUGCAUUAUCGGAAAAAAAAUCAAUAGAUAUGUCUGAAUAUGAAAUAUUCCGGAAAACCGACUUUCUUGUCGUUAUCGGAAACAUGUAAGCUCUUUAAAAAGUAUUAUAACCGCAUGCGUCAUAAAAAUAAGCGUAAAUGAUCCAUUUAUGAUCCUCGACGAUACUGUAUUUUAAUCCGGCUGACUUGUUGCGGCCGUCGCUGUCAGAUUGGGCAUCUCGAACGCCGACUGAUUGGCUGGAUACAUGACGUCGAGAUUGACGACGUCGAUAACUAAAUGGCCGUGUCACGUUCGGAUUCUGCCACCCAAGCGACGGUCCAGUUAAGGACUUGAGAACAAAUCAACCAUUUUUAUCGGGAACGUACCAUAAUAUGUCUACGAAAAUACCUUUCAAAUGGAACGUGAAUAUACCAUAAGAAGUCCAUCGUGAAACCCCCAGUAUACUUUUUUUGCCUUUCUUGAGCCUUACCGUAGGUCCUUGAAGGUAUACCUCAAGUAUAUCGCAAAUCGAGACUUAAGACCCUUGGAUACCUUAGGUAGUAUCGCGAUACUCUUUCUCGAUCCGCCUGUGAAAGAUUUUUGAGCGUCGUAUCUUAUCUUUUCUUACAAAUAACUACACUUUGAAAGAUCCGAAAAGACUCAUAAGAAGGCAAAGCGAGCGAUCACCAUAUUGAGGUCUCAAUGUCGAAGUUAGUUUGGCUCGUUGCACUAACGUAUCGGAUUUCAAAAAAAAAAAGAAGGCCGUGUGCAAUAAUAUUCAUUGCGUCAUUUGCGUGCGGCCGCGCGAUUCUGGCGCGCCGUCCUUUGUGUGUCCAGUGACCUGAAGAUAUUGCGCGUUUGGGCAGAUCCGGUUAAAGAACUCGUGUCGUCAAGUUGUCUCUUCUAUCGUUACCAACUGGAAUUCAGUUUUGUGGUGGGGAUGAAGGAUUGUAUUGGAAGAUUUUGAUGACUUGUGAAAAGUGAGCUGUGUGGAAUAUAUAUGAAAAGAUUCACAAAAGGCUCUUUUGUAGUUUUCAUAUCAAUACGUCGUUGCUAGACAGAACUUUUGAUUUACCCUAAAACCCAAGAAAGAAGCAAAGAAAUGUGGCAAAAUGGUUUAAAAAGAUAGCCUAGAAGGAGUUUUCUGUUCAAUCAUUUUGAGACUAUUCUGAAGCUUUUGGAUUUUCGCGGCUAGGCACUAUCGAAGAGAGAAAAAUCACAGAAAACACCUUUUCAGAAAUUGAGACUUUGGGUUUGAGAAUUUGAGACAUGGUCAACCCAUUGAAUUCGGAAAUGUGGUCAAAAACCGUGUUGAAAAACUGAAAACUUACUAUGCAUAUCCCAUGUUUUUUUUUUUUGAAAACCACCGAUUUUUCGGCGAUUUGAUUUUUAAAGUAGCCUUAAACUGAAUUCGCUUUCUCUAGAAAAUUUUUCAAAAUUUUUCAUGUCUCAUUUUCAAGAACCACGCAGAAAAAGAGUUUUACCAUGAUUAUCUGCAGAUUCCGUACCGCCAACGACCCUUCAAUCGAUGUCCGGAUCGGCGACGGUCUCCGCUUCAUCUGCCCCGAGUUUUCUCCAACUGAAGAGCCCGAAGAGUUUCUCAUCGUCUAUGAGGUUGAUAAUUCUUCGUUUCAAUUAAAAAAUCUCGACUUGGAGGUGAGCGAGUUGGCCUACGGCGAAUGUUUGCUGGAAACGACGUCGCGAGAAGUUCUCCGAUGCAACAAAAACACGAAAAGCGAUGCUCUUCUUCAAGCGGGAAUCCUUUCUUCUCGGCAUCCCAAAUCUGUUGUUCAGGUUCGGAAUUUUUGUUCAGAAGAAGAUGAUACAGUUCAAUCAAAUCAAUUUGAUGAGGAAAAUCGAGGUUUUAUCAAGUUUUAUUUGGGGGAAGUUUUGAAAAUUCACUAGCUCCAUGCUCAGAAAAAGUUGCCGUAAUUUUUAAGACAAUAAAUUCUUCAAAAAGGAAAAAAAGGCGUGAAGAAUUUUUCAUUUUUCCAGAUUAUUAGCACUUCUUCUGGCUAUUUUUUUCUAUGAUGGCAUUACUCAAAACAUUUUCUUCAACUGAACUGACCUUGAAGUUUCAGUUUAGUCAUCCAAUAUUUCUGGUUUUCUUGUUUUUUUCUUUUUCGAAAUCACUGCAUUUAUUUUGAAUUAUCUUCAUAUUUUCCCUGGUCCUUAUUUUUCCAAAUUUCAAUAACUUUUAGUUUCAAAGAUUCUGUGAUUAAAUUUUCUAUACUGGUCAUUUUUCAGAACAUCAGAACGAUCAACCCAAUUCCUAAUGGUCGUGAGUUCCAACCGGGACAGACGUAUUAUUAUAUAAGUGAGUUUUUUUUUACAAAUUUGUUUUUUUCAUCUUGAGAAUUUCUAAAAAUAAUCAAUAGGUUCUUUUGAAUUUCAUGUUUCUCAAUUGUCAUCUUUUCCCAGCGAAACUUUGGGUACUUUGCUUGUUAACUCAUAUUACUGUUACUUACGAAGAACGAAAUUUCAAAAAAUGGUCAGUUUUAUUAGUCUCUUGUUCUAUUUGUUUCCAAAAAAAUAAAUAAAAAAAGAAUAAUAAUAAACUUUUUAUUAACAAGACUGUAACUAAAUUACUUAGGAUACCUUCCUUUCAAUUUCAUAUGAAAACUUGAAAAAAAAUUAUAUCGUUUUCUCUCUGACUAUAAUCGUAAAAUCUCAAAUUCAACUAUCGCGAUAGUUGAAUUUGAGAAAAAAGAUAAUCGGAAAGCCAGAGAUGAAUUCGAAUUUCGCGAAAUUACUUUAUAAACUUCAAAAACGACAAUGAAUCAAGAAUUUUCAAACGUAUGAAGCGUAGCGCAAUUGGUUGUAUGCCUGUCUUUGGUCUAAAGGACCACAAGUUCGAUCCCCGCCGUGACCCAACAAACGCCGCUCGAGCGGUGCAAAGGUGUAAGAAGAAGUAUAACUCUUUGUAUGAAAUUAGAUGAAAACUUGAAAAUACACGCUUUUUGGACUCGAUGCAAUUGAAUGAAAGAAAAGAAAAUUUCAGCGACUUCAACGGGAUCCUUGGACGGCAUCGACAACCGUUACCGAGGUCUUUGCGAGGCGUCGAACAUGCGCGUCGGCGUCAGAAUUCUGCCCAAAUCGGCCUCUGAGGCCAAGAACGAAGACGUCGUCCAGAAGCCUCCGCCUUUCCCAGCGCCGCGGAAUUCCCUCGACGAAAUCGUCUCUUCUGCUGGCGUUCCCUUGGAUCAACUACAGAAGGUUGAUUAUAAAUCCCAUACUGAAUCUCAAUUUUCAAAACUUUCAGGUAGCCCAACUGGCCCAAGAAGGAAGAACUGGAUCUUUCCAAAUAACUCCGAAAAACGCGGACAAAGGCCUGUCCCACUGGGAGCCCGUGCAAAUCGUCACGGCCAAUGAAAAUCCCUUCAAAUGUUUGUUUCUUUUCUAAUUCAGGAGUGUUAUUUUAUUUUUCAGUGGAUACGGAUGAUAAUUUCGUAUAUGAGCGCGAUUCAAGACAUACCGAUGACUACGUCAUUCACGAAGAUGGUCAGUUUUUAUUUUAUUUUCAUUUCGCAGAAGGGAUUCUUAGAAUUUUAAGCCAUACUUAAGUAGAGGAAAUUUGAAAUUCUUCAAAAAGGGUUUUUCAUUUUUUUUUUUUUCAAAAUAUUUCUCUAGAUUCUCAAUUUUUAACAGCUAGUUUUUUGAAAAAUAGCUAUAUCCAGUUCGGAAUGGAGCUAAAAGUAUUUUUUAAAUUUUCAACUCAUUAAAUUUUUUUAGAAAUGAGGAGAAAACUACUUCCUUUUCUGAAUAAAUUUUCAAAGUAGUAUUUUUAAAGAAAGAAAUAAAUAUCGAAAUUUCCCCCUCUGAAAAUCUAUCAAAGUAGUUUUUCAGUAUCAAUUUUUAUAGCUGGGAAGUCUGAAGUGAGAAAAUCCUGAAAAUCAUCUUUUUUCAGUUCGAUCGUUGUCCUACUCGUCUUCUUCAACUUUCUUCUUUUCGCCGACGACAACUUCAUUCACAAUCAUUUUCUUCAUAACACAACUUUUUCUUUAA